UAAUUUUCCUUUUUUUUAAAUUUUAAAAAUUUAGUUGUUUUUUCUGGUAAAUAUUUUUAUCGUUCGUUAUAACUUGUUCAACGAAACGUUUGUUAUGUGUUUGUUUAAAUUCGUGGCGACGGCGAAAUCGAGUGGGAGAGAGAUCUCGCCGGCGGAUAACGACAGCGGCGGUGCUUGUUGAGGGAGAGAGAGAUCUCGCCGGCGGUUAACGGAGGCGUUUGUUGAGGGAGAGGGAGGGAAGAUGGUGGGACCGGCGCGGCCUCAGUUUGUGCUCUUUGGAUCCUCAAUCGUUCAAAUGAGCUUCGGCCAUGGCGGUUGGGGCGCCAUUCUCUCCGAGGUCUACGCUCGCAAGGCUGACGUUAUUCUGCGAGGAUAUUAUGGAUGGAACUCGAGACGUGCUGUUGAAGUCGUGGACAAAGUGUUCCCCAAGGAUGCUGCAGUACAACCUUCUUUGGUAAUUGUCUAUUUCGGAGGAAAUGAUUCGAUGGCUCCUCACCCUUCUGGCCUAGGGCCACACGUACCGCUUAAUGAAUACGUUGAGAACAUGAGAAAGAUCGCACUUCAUCUGAAGAGUCUUUCAGAUUCGACACGUAUAAUCGUUCUUAGCUGCCCACCCGUGGAUGAAGCCAAAGUUCGCCAGAACCAAAGUCCAUACCUAAGUGAAGUAAUCCGCACAAACGAGCUCUGCCAAAAGUAUUCGGAUGCUUGCGUGGAUCUGUGCAAGGAACUCGGCUUGCAAGUUGUUGAUCUCUUUUCUACUCUUCAGAAACCGGAUGACUGGGAAACCGUUUGCUUCACAGAUGGAAUUCAUUUGUCUGCUGAGGGAAGCAAAUUGGUGGCGGCUGAGAUCUUGAGAGUGAUCAAAGAAGCGGAAUGGGAUCCGUCGCUUCACUGGAAGUCUAUGCCGACUGAAUUCUCGGAGAACUCGCCUUACGAUCUCGUCUCGGCUGACGGAAAAAGUACACUAAACUCCUCGGAAUGGACUUAUUUCUGGGAUCAUCAAUGGGACUAAACGCUCGGUAUCGAUCAAAAGCUUUACGAAAUCGUACGGAACGUAACUGCAUUUCGUUGUAUUAUGGCAAUGUACUGGGACAUCUUUAUGCAAAUAUGGUUCUUUGGUAUUGUUCAGGAGGAAGAGGGGAGUGAUUGAGCAGACACUGCGAUUGGCGUGACCGCUAAAACGCUACGUACGUUUGCGGUUGCUGGACGCAAGAAUAACCUAAAAUAUAUAUAGAGUUCUUCCUUUUGUUUGAACUUAAAAAUGUUUUAUUCGGAAGAAUUUAUACAUUGAAAUAGUUUAUGCCUCUUUGAUCA